UGAGAGUGUGUGUGUAUGGGGGGGAAGGUGGAGAGGUCAGCAGGUGACCUUUGCCCAGCUGCCUGGGCCUCCAGUGCCCGAUGCCCAGGGGACAAUAUAAAACAGGCCACAGUGGGUCUUCCUGAUCCCCAAUCCGCUCGACCCAGGAAGCAGCUUUCCAGACACAGAGAGACCAUGCAGCCCCGAGUUUUCCUUGUUGCUGUGUUCCUGACCCUACUGGUCUAUGCUAAUACCCAGGUGACAGAGGAAACACUCUUGAACCGGGUCCAAGACUACAUGCAGCAGGCAGCCCGACAAGCCCAGGAGGCUUUGAACAAUGUGCAGGAAUAUGAUGUGACCAAGCAGGCCAAGGACUGGGUGACUGACGGCAUCUCUUCCCUGCAUGAUUACUGGAGUACGUGGACAGGCAAAUUCUCUGGCCUAUGGGAGAAGGCUGAAGAGCCAGUGGCAGAUGUUCCUCCAGUAGACGUAGCUUGAAGACUCAUUUCUAUCAUUUUGAUAGGCCUUCUCCCUGCCUCCCCGGAUUCUCCUGUCGUCUCUUUUAUGAUGUGUUAGGAAAGCAUGUGCCCCCAGUCAAGCACUGCCCUUGAAAUAAAGCUGGAUAAGAAACA